CCGUUCGGCUGUUUAUUUCCGGUGAGAGGCGGAAGUAGAAGCAGGGGGCUUGUGGAGGUGACCGAAUAGUAGAUAGCAGAAACAUUUGGGAAAUAUUAGAUUAGUCCGGAGCAAGAGCAAACUGAACACAUUCAUUUCAGCAGACCGUGUAUAGACAGCGUCGGUGCCGAUGGGAGCUCACCUGGUGAGACGGUAUGUCACGGAGACGGACACCGAGCCGGACCCUGCGAAGAAAUACGAGUUCGACCCGCAGUUCGGCUUCGAUGAGCGGAAAGAGAGAGAGAUGGUAGCGAGCCAGGAGCAGAUGAACUUGGCCCAGCUGCCUUUGGAGCAGAGGGACUACUGUGCCCAUUAUCUCCUAAAACUCAUGAAGUGCAAGAGAGACAACUGGCCCAAUUUCCUGGCCUGCAAGCACGAGAGACACGACUGGGACUACUGCGAACACCAAGACUAUGUGAUGCGCAUGAAGGAGUACGAGAGGGAGAGGAGGCUCCAGCUGAGGAAGAAGAGAAUCGAGGCCAAGGCUGAAGCCGCAUAACCAGUACAUCCUCUUAAUUCUCCUCCUUUGUAUAUAUGAGCUGCUGUUCGCAAUAAACAACGCUGUUUAAUCUCCA